UUGUUACAGGGUAAACAAAAGCAAGCGAAACGGACGUCGACAUUUUUCCAGUUUUGCCAAGCAGAAACAGGAAUUUUGUUAUGUACUGAUGUGGCUGCUAGAGGUCUCGAUAUCCCUGCAGUAGAUUGGAUCGUGCAAUAUGACCCACCAGAUGAGCCAAGAGAGUAUAUCCACCGAGUGGGGCGAACUGCUAGAGGAAAAGAUGGACGUACUUCGACCAGAAGAACUUGGAUUCUUGCGAUCGCCAACAUCCAAUCACAGUUAGAGAAUCUCAUUGAUAAGAACUACUACUUGAAUAAAUCAGCUAAAGAGGCCUAUAAGUGUUAUGUGAGAGCGUAUGACUCACACUCAUUAAAAGAUAUCUUUGAUGUUAACAAUCUGGAUUUGAUAGCGGUAUGUAAAUCAUUUGGGUUCUCUGUUCCUCCGUAUGUGGAUUUACCAAUAUCACAUAAGCCGAAG